CAGAGGGCGCCGCGCGGGGCGGGGCGCCGCCCUGAUAUGCUUCGGCCCUGACUGGAAACUGAGUGGACUCGGCUCCGAGAUUACGCCGAGUUGAGGAUAGUGGGGAGGGCAGGCCGGAGCAUGGCGGACCAGAUUCCUCUGUACCCCGUGCGCAGCGCGGCGGCCGCGGCAGCCAGCCACAGACGUGCGGCCUACUACAGCGCCGUUGGGCCCGGGCCGGGUGCCGACCGGCGCGGCAGGUACCAGCUGGAGGAUGAGUCUGCCCAUUUGGAUGAAAUGCCACUGAUGAUGUCUGAAGAAGGCUUUGAGAAUGACGAAAGUGAUUACCACACAUUACCUCGAGCUAGGAUAACACGGAGAGAGAGAGGGCUGGAGUGGUUUGUCUGCGGAGGAUGGAAGUUCCUCUGUACAAGUUGCUGUGAUUGGCUGAUAAAUGUUUGUCAAAGGAAGAAAGAACUAAAAGCUCGAACAGUAUGGCUUGGAUGUCCAGAGAAGUGUGAAGAAAAACAUCCUAGGAACUCUAUCAAAAAUCAGAAAUACAAUGUAUUUACCUUUAUACCUGGGGUUUUGUAUGAACAAUUCAAGUUUUUCUUGAAUCUCUAUUUUCUGGUAGUGUCCUGCUCACAGUUUGUACCAGCAUUGAAAAUUGGCUACCUCUACACCUACUGGGCUCCUCUGGGAUUUGUCAUGGCCGUUACUAUUGCACGUGAAGCAAUUGAUGAAUUUCGACGUUUUCAGCGAGACAAGGAAAUGAAUUCACAGUUAUAUAGCAAGCUUACAGUAAGAGGUAAAGUUCAAGUUAAGAGUUCAGACAUACAAGUUGGAGACCUCAUCAUAGUGGAAAAGAACCAAAGAAUUCCAUCAGAUAUGGUAUUUCUUAGAACUUCAGAGAAAGCAGGUUCAUGUUUUAUUCGAACGGACCAGCUAGAUGGUGAGACCGACUGGAAGCUGAAGGUGGCGGUGAGCUGCACACAACGGCUGCCAGCCCUAGGGGACCUUUUUUCUAUCAGUGCCUAUGUUUAUGCUCAGAAGCCACAACUGGAUAUUCAUAGUUUUGAAGGAACAUUUACCAGGGAUGACAGUGAUCCUCCCAUUCAUGAGAGUCUCAGCAUAGAAAACACAUUGUGGGCAAGCACCAUUGUUGCCUCAGGUACUGUAAUAGGUGUUGUCAUUUAUACUGGAAAAGAGACUCGAAGUGUAAUGAACACAUCCAAUCCAAAAAAUAAGGUUGGUUUAUUGGACCUCGAACUCAAUCAGCUGACAAAGGCGCUAUUUCUGGCUUUAGUUGUUCUUUCUGUUGUUAUGGUAACCUUACAGGGAUUUGCAGGCCCAUGGUACCGUAAUCUUUUUCGGUUCCUCCUCCUCUUUUCCUACAUCAUUCCCAUAAGUCUGCGAGUGAACUUGGACAUGGGCAAAGCAGCAUAUGGAUGGAUGAUUAUGAAAGAUGAGAAUAUUCCUGGUACAGUUGUUCGGACCAGCACUAUACCAGAGGAACUUGGACGCCUGGUGUACUUACUGACAGACAAAACAGUCACAAAAGCAAAGGCCCUGUAUUCUCCUGCGAGAACGCUCACUCAGAACGAAAUGGUGUUUAAGCGGCUCCAUCUGGGUACUGUCUCCUAUGGGACAGACACUAUGGACGAAAUCCAAAGCCACGUCCUGAAUUCCUACUUGCAGGUACACUCCCAAACAAGUGGGCACAACCCAAGUUCUGCUCCACUUAGAAGAAGCCAGUCCUCAACGCCUAAAGUUAAGAAGAGUGUCAGCAGUAGAAUCCAUGAAGCAGUGAAAGCCAUCGCCCUUUGUCAUAAUGUCACUCCUGUGUAUGAGGCUCGGACUGGCAUCACUGGAGAGACUGAGUUCGCUGAAGCAGACCAAGACUUUAGUGAUGAGAACCGCACCUACCAGGCCUCCAGCCCCGAUGAGGUGGCACUGGUGCGAUGGACAGAGAGUGUGGGCCUCACUCUGGUCAGCAGGGACCUUGCUUCCAUGCAGCUGAAGACCCCCAGUGGCCAGGUCUUGACCUACUGCAUUCUACAGAUGUUCCCCUUCACCUCGGAGAGCAAGCGGAUGGGCAUCAUAGUCAGGGAUGAAGCCACAGCCGAGAUCACAUUCUAUAUGAAAGGUGCUGAUGUCGCAAUGUCCACCAUUGUGCAGUACAAUGAUUGGCUAGAAGAGGAGUGUGGAAACAUGGCACGAGAGGGCCUGAGGACCCUUGUGGUGGCAAAGAGGACUCUGACAGAAGAGCAAUACCAGGACUUUGAGAGCCGAUACAGUCAAGCCAAAUUGAGCAUCCAUGACCGGACUCUGAAAGUAGCUGCGGUUGUAGAAAGCCUGGAGAGAGAGAUGGAGCUAUUGUGCCUCACUGGGGUGGAGGACCAGCUGCAAGCGGAUGUGAGGCCCACACUAGAGAUGCUGCGGAAUGCAGGGAUCAAGAUUUGGAUGCUAACUGGCGAUAAACUGGAAACAGCUACUUGCAUUGCCAAAAGCUCACACUUGGUGUCCAGAACACAAGACAUUCAUAUUUUCAGACCAGUAACCAAUCGGGGAGAGGCCCAUUUGGAGCUGAAUGCAUUUAGAAGGAAGCAUGACUGUGCACUGGUUAUAUCUGGGGACUCUCUGGAGGUCUGCCUGAGGUACUACGAGCAUGAACUUGUGGAGCUGGCCUGCCAGUGCCCUGCUGUGGUCUGCUGCCGCUGUUCACCCACGCAGAAGGCCCACAUCGUGACCCUGUUACGCCAGCACACCAGAAAGCGCACCUGUGCCAUCGGUGACGGAGGGAAUGACGUGAGCAUGAUCCAGGCAGCUGACUGUGGGAUUGGAAUUGAAGGGAAGGAAGGGAAACAGGCUUCACUGGCAGCGGACUUCUCCAUCACACAGUUCAGACACAUCGGCCGGCUGCUCAUGGUGCAUGGGCGGAACAGCUACAAGCGGUCUGCAGCACUCGGCCAGUUUGUCAUGCACAGGGGCCUCAUCAUUUCCACCAUGCAGGCUGUGUUCUCCUCGGUCUUCUACUUUGCAUCUGUCCCGCUGUACCAGGGAUUCCUUAUGGUAGGGUAUGCAACUAUCUACACCAUGUUCCCGGUGUUCUCCUUAGUGUUGGACCAAGAUGUAAAGCCAGAAAUGGCAAUUCUCUACCCAGAGCUGUACAAGGACCUCACCAAGUUGACUCUGCCAUAUAUUUGUACUACAGUUGUGUUGUCCCUCCCACCCCCGCACCCCUCGUUCCCAUUUCAACCUUGGGAAUAUGAGAGAAAAGGAAUCCUUCGUUGUGCCUCUGUUAAGAAACAAAGGAAGAUCUCUUUCCUUCAAGACCUUCCUCAUCUGGGUUUUGAUCAGUAUUUACCAAGGAGGCAUCCUCAUGUACGGGGCCCUGCUGCUCUUCGAGGCCGAGUUUGUCCAUGUUGUGGCCAUCUCCUUCACAGCACUGAUCCUGACCGAGCUGCUCAUGGUGGCCCUGACUAUCAGGACUUGGCACUGGCUGAUGGUGGUGGCGGAGUUCCUCAGCCUGGGCUGCUAUGUUGCCUCCCUUGCUUUUCUCAAUGAGUAUUUUGGUAAGUGCUCGAGGCUUUGAUUCAUUAUCUGUGAGUGAUCCUAACCCUUGGCCGUCAUCGCCUCCACCGUCUCUUAUGGACAAAUGCCAUAGCAGAAAGCUUUACCACACAGGCUAUUUUUAUGGAAAGAUAAAAAUCUGGUAGUGAUUUAUAAAAUGAAGAUCUUCAGCACCGUACUGAUGCCUGCUUCACUCAUGUUCCCUAUAGAGCUGCACUGUUUAUGUUUUCAUGGUGGAGACACUGACUGCUUCAAGGCUUGAGACACAUGUGUCCCACUUCCUUCCGAUGUCUGCAGAAGUUACAGCAGCCCGAGCAGCCCAGUCAGGCUCUCGAUGGCAGCCUUAGGCUCCUCACCAUGUAAAGAGGGUGUCUUCACCAGUGCCUCCUUAGCGUGGAGCCCAGAGCCUGACGCUUCCAUCCCGUUCCUGACCUUUCCCCAGCCCAGCUCAUUGAGAUUUACUUGCCAGGAGGCCUGGGGACUAUGGUGCUUCCCUAAGCUCAGGUUCCUAAGAAAAAAGAUCCUAUGUGAUGUGUGCUGGGUUUCCUCAGCAGUCCCUAUCUGAGAACCUACACUCCUCUGUCCUCCCAUGCCCCUUAGCACUGGUCUGCCCGCUCCUGGCCCACUCUGUCACGAACAACUAGGUUUCAUCACUCUUCUUCCCAGCCAGAGGCUCCAAAUGGAAGAAGCCAGAUCAUGUCAACCUGGUCUGCGUGGCUGGGCAGAGAGGAUGAUGUACUCAUCUGCAUCUUGCUAAGCGUGGGGCCUCACUGGGCUCCUGGAGUGUGGGAAGUCCCAGCUUCCUGGAGUUGAAAGCAGAGUGGGGAAAUGGUAUGGAUAUGGUCAGUGCACCCAUGAUUCUAGCUGCCUGAAAGCCAGGCAGGAUACUUCUUGAUAUAAAAGGAAAGGCCCCAGGCUUCCAAAAGGAGAAACCUUUACAUGGUCCUCUUGUGAUCUUCACACGCAUGACAGCAGCAAGUUUUCAUCUUGGCAGGUCCACACACGUUAGUCACAUUCCUGCGGACCCUGCACAUCAACAUGGGGACACUGUGACUUUGGGUGAUGAGUGUGAAGUUUGCACACUGAUGAAUACAAACCCGCUCCAGGUCCUAAAUCACAGCCACAGUGACUGAGUCCAGUUGCUACAGGGCCAUCUCUUUACAGCGGGCAAGGAAUGAUACGAAUGGGAAGUGGAAAGUUAGCUGGACACUAAAGGAAGCAUGGUGUAUCUGGCAUGUAAGAAAGGGCUGCAAAUGAGAACAUCACCAUCACUCCUCUUUGGAGCGUGGUGUGAACCACACUCUCCUUUAGGGAAAGGUUUGCUUUUAUAGCAUUCAUUUCAGCAUGUCUAUCACUGUGCACAGACAGUCAAAGCACUAGGGCGGAAGACAGAUGGUCAUUCUGUAGUUCACUGCUGUAACAGGCACACGCACAAUGGAGUCUGUACAUGGAAGUGACACACAUGACACAAAACAGCCUGUCACAGGACCCUAGGCGGGGCUGUUGCCUCUGUGCCCCAUGCUCCUCCUGCAGAUUGAUGCUGUCUGCCCCCUGUCAGGCCAGACUGCACAGAACAGGUCUCAUGCAUGGGGCAGACAUUAGAGGCCUGAAACCCGCUCAGGUGGGGCAGAGUUGUACAGUGGGCACUCCUAGACACUGACGCAGAUCAGGGAGUGUGUGGGUGUUUCCUUCCAAGCUAGUGACAUGAUUGUUACAUUGUCAUCUGCUUAAAGGAGGAUGUGGCAGCAGGCAAUGGAAGGAAGGGUUAAAAUCCCAACUAAGUGCAUUCCAUGCUAACAUAACAUUCUACUGCUUUUUAAUGCAUUUCUCUAAUCAGCAGCUAACUAACCACGUAAAAUGUCUGAGCCUCUUUUAAUCUGUCCUUCACCUGCCUUGUUCAUGUGUUCUCUCGGCACAGGUAUAGGCAGAGUGUCUUUUGGCGCUUUCUUAGGUAGGUAAAGUUGUUAUUCCCUUCCAGAGUAUAGAAAUCUAGCAAAAAAUAACAUUGAUAAGCAUGCUAAACUAAUUCUUUAAAUUUUUAAAUAAAAACCAGUCUUCCACUAACUUGGCAUUGUUAUCUCAGGGAAGCCCCAUGAAUGUACCUGAGCCCCUGCUCUACACGUGUGCUCCUAGGAGCUGUCUAGCUAGAUGAGGGAAGUCUGGGGUCUAGCCUGUGGUCCUUCCCUAAGACAGACUUGCUGGAGGCUCCCUCCAGCUGGACGUGAGCACAGCCUGGGCUCCAGUUCCUGAUAUGAGAGUGUGACUGGGAGCAGGGCCUCUCAGUGCGGCUGCUCACAGCAGUCUGAGGUCUCUGCAGCUUGUAGUUUCUGCAGCUUGCAUGAGGCUUGCACAUGAGGGCACCCAUGGCCUGGUUAACAGAAAGGGAACCUGUGUCCUCAGAGCAGCAAGGCGCAUGGCCUAUAAGUCAUACUGCAGGUACUGGCUGCCUGUUGGUCGUGUCCAAGCCCUUCCCAGUGCCAGCUGUGCUCACUGUUGAGAGAAGCACACACUGGACAGGUGUACGGAUUAAACCACUGUGCAGUAAGACAGCUGAGGUCAAGGACAAACCUGUUCUGCACAGCCAUGAUGCAGCCAAUGGCUCUGGGGAUCCUGAGGGGGCUCAGUCUGGGCUGUGGCUACAAUCUUAGGGACCGGGAGCUCCCGUAGUUGGCACUCAUUCUCCUCUACCUCCUCCUGACAGAUGUUGCCUUCAUCACAACUGUGACCUUCUUGUGGAAAGUAUCAGCUAUCACUGUGGUCAGCUGCCUCCCACUCUACGUACUCAAAUACUUGAAGAGAAAGUUGUCCCCUCCCAGCUACUCCAAGCUGUCCUCCUGAGUAUGACUCAUGCGGUGGGCAGCAUGAGGGACUGGCACUGCUGGUGGGCUGAGGGCUGAGCUCACCUGGCCCCACUCACUCGCUAGUGUCUCUACUGAAGCAGUGCACAGCUGCUGACAGCCUCAGCAGAGCUGGGCAGGCUUGCUCCUGAGCACCAGAUGCAUAAUUCCUGCUAAGACUGGAGAUGCCAUGCCUGCACAUGCCACUGCACCUCAGGAGACACCCUCUGCCACAGGCACUCCUCCUCAGAUGCAGUCUUGCUUUUCAGUGGACACCACACACACACAAGCCCAGGCGGCCAAGCAGUGACACUUCUGCUGUCCUGAUUCCGUUGCAGCUAUGAAUGUAAACCACCCCUCAAGGCAUUGCUGUUAGCUGAUGCGUUUUUAUACCUGUAAACCAUACUCAGACUGUUUACAUAGAGCUCGGCUGUCCUGUGCUGCCACAGCACCAACCACAGUGCUUUGCUUCCCAAGUAGGAGAACCUAGUCCAUGUGUUACACGCUCAGCACCCCUCUGAGCCUGCAACAGAUGGCAGAGCCUCUGUCCAGGGCUGCACUGAGGGCUGAUGGAGCUCUUUAGAGUUAGCCCCAGGCACUGUGAGUGCAGCUCUACACUGUACGGUGUGUGCCUGACACAGUGGACCUCUUGGCCUCGGCUCUUCGUGCUUGAAAGCAGGCUGUGGGAGUCUCCUCUGCACUAGUCUUUUGUGUAUGCCUGUGCUCUUCAGCUCGACUUCCCCUCAAAUGUGGGCCCCUAAGGUCCUGAUCCCUGGGGAAGCACAAGCUGUGGGUGGAGCCCUGAGGAGAUCACCCUAGCCUAGCAGGUUGUGAGUGUGUGCAGGACCUCCUGUGAGUACCGCUUUCCAGAGGAGAGACUGUGGCCACAAAUAAAGCUGCUUCCAUCCCAUA